AUGAGGCCCUGUGGUCUACUUCUGGAUGUGGGUAAUGAGGCCCUGUGGUCUACUUCUGGAUGUCGGACUGGAGAGUUUUUCAGGAAAGAAAAUGCAGUGAAGUUAAACACAGGAAAAAUCCUAGAGGCAAACCUGGUUCAGUCUGCUUUCCACAAGACACUGGGAGAUGAAUUCAGCUUUCAGCAGGACAAUAACCUGGUUCAGUCUGCUUUCCACCAGACACUGGGAGAUGAAUUCAGCUUUCAGCAGGACAAUAACCUGGUUCAGUCUGCUUCCCACAAGACACUGGGAGAUGAAUUCAGCUUUCAGCAGGACAAUAACCUGGUUCAGUCUGCUUUCCACAAGACACUGGGAGAUGAAUUCAGCUUUCAGCAGGACAAUAACCUGGUUCAGUCUGCUUUCCACCAGACACUGGGAGAUGAAUUCAGCUUUCAGCAGGACAAUAACCUGGUUCAGUCUGCUUCCCACAAGACACUGGGAGAUGAAUUCAGCUUUCAGCAGGACAAUAACCUGGUUCAGUCUGCUUUCCACCAGACACUGGGAGAUGAAUUCAGCUUUCAGCAGGACAGUAACCUGGUUCAGUCUGCUUUCCACAAGACACUGGGAGAUGAAUUCAGCUUUCAGCAGGACAAUAACCUGGUUCAGUCUGCUUUCCACAAGACACUGGGAGAUGAAUUCAGCUUUCAGCAGGACAAUAACCUGGUUCAGUCUGCUUUCCACAAGACACUGGGAGAUGAAUUCAGCUUUCAGCAGGACAAUAACCUGGUUCAGUCUGCUUUCCACAAGACACUGGGAGAUGAAUUCAGCUUUCAGCAGGACAAUAACCUGGUUCAGUCUGCUUUCCACAAGACACUGGGAGAUGAAUUCAGCUUUCAGCAGGACAAUAACCUGGUUCAGUCUGCUUUCCACAAGACACUGGGAGAUGAAUUCAGCUUUCAGCAGGACAAUAACCUGGUUCAGUCUGCUUUCCACAAGACACUGGGAGAUGAAUUCAGCUUUCAGCAGGACAAUAACCUGGUUCAGUCUGCUUUCCACAAGACACUGGGAGAUGAAUUCAGCUUUCAGCAGGACAAUAACCUGGUUCAGUCUGCUUUCCACAAGACACUGGGAGAUGAAUUCAGCUUUCAGCAGGACAAUAACCUGGUUCAGUCUGCUUUCCACAAGACACUGGGAGAUGAAUUCAGCUUUCAGCAGGACAAUAACCUGGUUCAGUCUGCUUUCCACAAGACACUGGGAGAUGAAUUCAGCUUUCAGCAGGACAAUAACCUGGUUCAGUCUGCUUUCCACAAGACACUGGGAGAUGAAUUCAGCUUUCAGCAGGACAAUAACCUGGUUCAGUCUGCUUUCCACAAGACACUGGGAGAUGAAUUCAGCUUUCAGCAGGACAAUAACCUGGUUCAGUCUGCUUUCCACAAGACACUGGGAGAUGAAUUCAGCUUUCAGCAGGACAAUAACCUGGUUCAGUCUGCUUUCCACAAGACACUGGGAGAUGAAUUCAGCUUUCAGCAGGACAAUAACCUGGUUCAGUCUGCUUUCCACAAGACACUGGGAGAUGAAUUCAGCUUUCAGCAGGACAAUAACCUGGUUCAGUCUGCUUUCCACAAGACACUGGGAGAUGAAUUCAGCUUUCAGCAGGACAAUAACCUGGUUCAGUCUGCUUUCCACAAGACACUGGGAGAUGAAUUCAGCUUUCAGCAGGACAAUAACCUGGUUCAGUCUGCUUUCCACAAGACACUGGGAGAUGAAUUCAGCUUUCAGCAGGACAAUAACCUGGUUCAGUCUGCUUUCCACAAGACACUGGGAGAUGAAUUCAGCUUUCAGCAGGACAAUAACCUGGUUCAGUCUGCUUUCCACAAGACACUGGGAGAUGAAUUCACCUUUCAGCAGGACAAUAACCUGGUUCAGUCUGCUUUCCACAAGACACUGGGAGAUGAAUUCAGCUUUCAGCAGGACAAUAACCUGGUUCAGUCUGCUUUCCACAAGACACUGGGAGAUGAAUUCAGCUUUCAGCAGGACAAUAACCUGGUUCAGUCUGCUUUCCACAAGACACUGGGAGAUGAAUUCAGCUUUCAGCAGGACAAUAACCUGGUUCAGUCUGCUUUCCACAAGACACUGGGAGAUGAAUUCAGCUUUCAGCAGGACAAUAACCUGGUUCAGUCUGCUUUCCACAAGACACUGGGAGAUGAAUUCAGCUUUCAGCAGGACAAUAACCUGGUUCAGUCUGCUUUCCACAAGACACUGGGAGAUGAAUUCAGCUUUCAGCAGGACAAUAACCUGGUUCAGUCUGCUUUCCACAAGACACUGGGAGAUGAAUUCAGCUUUCAGCAGGACAAUAACCUGGUUCAGUCUGCUUUCCACAAGACACUGGGAGAUGAAUUCAGCUUUCAGCAGGACAAUAACCUGGUUCAGUCUGCUUUCCACAAGACACUGGGAGAUGAAUUCACCUUUCAGCAGGACAAUAACCUGGUUCAGUCUGCUUUCCACAAGACACUGGGAGAUGAAUUCACCUUUCAGCAGGACAAUAACCUGGUUCAGUCUGCUUCCCACAAGACACUGGGAGAUGAAUUCACCUUUCAGCAGGACAAUAACCUGGUUCAGUCUGCUUUCCACAAGACACUGGGAGAUGAAUUCAGCUUUCAGCAGGACAAUAACCUGGUUCAGUCUGCUUUCCACAAGACACUGGGAGAUGAAUUCAGCUUUCAGCAGGACAAUAACCUGGUUCAGUCUGCUUUCCACAAGACACUGGGAGAUGAAUUCACCUUUCAGCAGGACAAUAACCUGGUUCAGUCUGCUUUCCACAAGACACUGGGAGAUGAAUUCAGCUUUCAGCAGGACAAUAACCUGGUUCAGUCUGCUUUCCACAAGACACUGGGAGAUGAAUUCAGCUUUCAGCAGGACAAUAACCUGGUUCAGUCUGCUUUCCACAAGACACUGGGAGAUGAAUUCAGCUUUCAGCAGGACAAUAACCUGGUUCAGUCUGCUUUCCACAAGACACUGGGAGAUGAAUUCAGCUUUCAGCAGGACAAUAACCUGGUUCAGUCUGCUUUCCACAAGACACUGGGAGAUGAAUUCAGCUUUCAGCAGGACAAUAACCUGGUUCAGUCUGCUUUCCACAAGACACUGGGAGAUGAAUUCAGCUUUCAGCAGGACAAUAACCUGGUUCAGUCUGCUUUCCACAAGACACUGGGAGAUGAAUUCAGCUUUCAGCAGGACAAUAACCUGGUUCAGUCUGCUUUCCACAAGACACUGGGAGAUGAAUUCAGCUUUCAGCAGGACAAUAACCUGGUUCAGUCUGCUUUCCACAAGACACUGGGAGAUGAAUUCAGCUUUCAGCAGGACAAUAACCUGGUUCAGUCUGCUUUCCACAAGACACUGGGAGAUGAAUUCAGCUUUCAGCAGGACAAUAACCUGGUUCAGUCUGCUUUCCACAAGACACUGGGAGAUGAAUUCAGCUUUCAGCAGGACAAUAACCUGGUUCAGUCUGCUUUCCACAAGACACUGGGAGAUGAAUUCAGCUUUCAGCAGGACAAUAACCUGGUUCAGUCUGCUUUCCACAAGACACUGGGAGAUGAAUUCAGCUUUCAGCAGGACAAUAACCUGGUUCAGUCUGCUUUCCACAAGACACUGGGAGAUGAAUUCAGCUUUCAGCAGGACAAUAACCUGGUUCAGUCUGCUUUCCACAAGACACUGGGAGAUGAAUUCAGCUUUCAGCAGGACAAUAACCUGGUUCAGUCUGCUUUCCACAAGACACUGGGAGAUGAAUUCAGCUUUCAGCAGGACAAUAACCUGGUUCAGUCUGCUUUCCACAAGACACUGGGAGAUGAAUUCAGCUUUCAGCAGGACAAUAACCUGGUUCAGUCUGCUUUCCACAAGACACUGGGAGAUGAAUUCAGCUUUCAGCAGGACAAUAACCUGGUUCAGUCUGCUUUCCACAAGACACUGGGAGAUGAAUUCACCUUUCAGCAGGACAAUAACCUGGUUCAGUCUGCUUCCCACAAGACACUGGGAGAUGAAUUCACCUUUCAGCAGGACAAUAACCUGGUUCAGUCUGCUUUCCACAAGACACUGGGAGAUGAAUUCAGCUUUCAGCAGGACAAUAACCUGGUUCAGUCUGCUUUCCACAAGACACUGGGAGAUGAAUUCAGCUUUCAGCAGGACAAUAACCUGGUUCAGUCUGCUUUCCACAAGACACUGGGAGAUGAAUUCACCUUUCAGCAGGACAAUAACCUGGUUCAGUCUGCUUUCCACAAGACACUGGGAGAUGAAUUCAGCUUUCAGCAGGACAAUAACCUGGUUCAGUCUGCUUUCCACAAGACACUGGGAGAUGAAUUCAGCUUUCAGCAGGACAAUAACCUGGUUCAGUCUGCUUUCCACAAGACACUGGGAGAUGAAUUCAGCUUUCAGCAGGACAAUAACCUGGUUCAGUCUGCUUUCCACAAGACACUGGGAGAUGAAUUCAGCUUUCAGCAGGACAAUAACCUGGUUCAGUCUGCUUUCCACAAGACACUGGGAGAUGAAUUCAGCUUUCAGCAGGACAAUAACCUGGUUCAGUCUGCUUUCCACAAGACACUGGGAGAUGAAUUCAGCUUUCAGCAGGACAAUAACCUGGUUCAGUCUGCUUUCCACAAGACACUGGGAGAUGAAUUCAGCUUUCAGCAGGACAAUAACCUGGUUCAGUCUGCUUUCCACAAGACACUGGGAGAUGAAUUCAGCUUUCAGCAGGACAAUAACCUAAAACACAAGGCCAAAUCUACACUGGAGUUGCUUACCAAGAAGGCAGUGAAUGUUCCGAGUUAUUCUGCGGUCAGUGAAGAGUCAAGGAGCAGCAGCAAUAUGCCCCAGUGUGUCAGCUGAGACAUGGACUGAGCUGUGUAGACAAGCAGCAGUGUGACUUCCUCAAACAGACGGACGGACACCACAUCGUCUGUACUCCUACCCCAGACCCACCCCAGCCGUUCAAAUGCACCCCGACAAUAAGCUGACCAAUCAUGGCAAGCAAGUGAGCAGCGACAGCCAAUCCCAGCUCUCCAAUGUGACCCAGCAGCAGGAGGGGGCCAAUAAGGGCCUGGGGGCGGGCAACCCUGGCCUGAAGACUGUCAGCCAAUCGGUGAGUGGCGUUGGGGGGAUGAUGAAGACGAAGAGAGAGAGAAGUGUGUCCAUGGACUCUGGGGAACAGAGAGACACUAUCACCCCUAUGCAGGAGCCUGACGCCAAAGGUAGGGUAUUACCACACACACACACACACACACACACACACACACACACACACACACACACACACACACACACACACACGUACA